AUGGCCACUGAGAUCCCUACCCUGGCCAUGGCUUAUGUUCGAGGUGCACAACCUUACCAAGCGCUGAUCUUCCCAACUCUGCCCCCCAGCAAGGACUCCAAUGCCAUCUCUGAGUUAUUUGUUCCUCCAACUGAGAGAAGAUGGGAUGGCUCUGAGACGUCCUCUGAUUUCAAUAAUUUGUUUCGAUUUCCUACAACUUUACCACUUAAAACUCUUCCAAGAAGAUAUCCAGAAUUGAGAAAAAACAGCAUAGAGAACUUAUCUAAAGAUAGAGAUAAUCUUUCUAAAUUACAAAACUUAUCUCGUAGAACUCCUAAAAAGCAUGUAUUACAUUUCUCUCAGGAAAAUACAGAGAAAAUAAAGUGUGAAUCAAUCGAUGAAGAACAAGAAAACUCAGUUGAUAAUAGAGAAAUAAGCCAGGGAGAUGGUGAAGAAGUUUGGAGAUAUAUUAUUCUGAUCUACCUGCAAACCAUUUUAGGUGUGCCAUUUCUGGAAGAAGUCAUAAAUCCAAGAUAAGUUAUCCCUCAAUAUGUAAUGUACAACAACAUGACCAAUACAAGCAAACAUGAAGUAGUUAUACUACAAGACAAAUCAGAUGACCUCCCUCACUGGUUAUUAUCUGCCAUAAGAUGCCUAGCAAAUUGGCCAAAAAAUAAUGAUAUGAAUAAUCCAACUUAUGCUGGAUUUGAAUGAGAUGUAUUCAGAACAAUUGAAGAUUGUUUUCUUGAUCUCCCUGAGCCUCUAGUUACCUUUGAGUAUUAUGAAUUAUUUGUGAAUAUUUUGGGUUUGUUGCAGCCUCAUUUAGAGAGGGUUGCUAUCAGUGCGCUACAGUUAUGUUGCUUGUUACUUCCCCCACCAGAUCGCAGAAAGCCUCAGCUUUUAAAGCGCAUGAUUUCACAUAUGAGUCAAAAUGUUGAUGUGCCUCAACUUCAUGAUGCAAUGGGCACAAGAUCACUGAUGACACACACUUUUUCUCGGUGUGUCCUAUGCUGGGCCAAAGAAGUGGAUCUUGAAGAGCUUCUUGCUGCAAGAUUAAUUUCUUUCUUAAAGGAUCAUCAUCAGGGAAUUCUUCAAGUACCCUCUUACUUCCAAAUUACAGUUGAGAGACAUCUUGACUACUUAAGAAAGGGUCAUAUUAAAAAUCCUGUAGAUGGACUGCUUGAUCCUUUGCCAACUUACUCAUACUGUAAGCAGAUUAGUGUCCAGGAGUUUGAUGAACAAAAAGUUUCUACCUCUCGAGCUGCAAUUGCAGAACUUUUAGAGAAUAUUAUUAAAAAUAAGUGUCUGCCUCUUAAGGCGAAAAGGAAAAAACUAAAACAGUUUCAGAAGGAAUAUCCCUUGAUAUAUCAGAAAAGAUUUCCAACCACAGAAAGUGAAGCAGCAUAUUUUUGUGACAAGCCUACAAGCAAGCAACCAACACUCAUUUUAAGAAAACCAAAUUUUUUGUAG